AUGGCCUCUACCAAUUGUUUUGUUUUAGCCAUUAUCAUAGCUUUGUCAUUGUCAAACAUCAAUGCCGGGGUAGCAGCUCGCCGUCUCCUCCAGAUGCCACCAACAUUGCCUGGUGUAGUGCUGCCGCCACUGCCAUCUUUCCCCAAUCUCCCGCAACCGACAUUGCCGACAACGCAGCCGUCGUUACCCAACCUGGGAGCUCUUCCUCCACUUCCUAGCAUGCCGACAACACAGCCAUCGUUACCCAAGCCUGGAGCUCUACCUCCACUUCCGAGUAUGCCAACAUUGCCUACCCUACCAAAACUAGCAAUGCCACCGAUCCCCACUAUACCAACUACCCUCCCAUUCUUCUCCCCACCUCCUUCAAAACCUAGCCCUUGA